AAAGAAGAGCUUGGUAACUAACCAAAAAAGAAGGGAGGAAAACCUAGAGAAGGGAUUGCAAGGUGUACCUUUGAGGAUAAGAUCAAGAUGAGUGACAUUGUUUUCAUGCGUGCAUGGGCUUCAGUUGAAGUUCCUCGCUUCUACAACCCAUUGACAACGGCCUUACAACCUCGUGAUCAGACCUGGCAAGGAAUGAAAACUGUCGCUGAAUUGAGGAGAAAACACAAUCUUGCCAUUCCUUUUAACAAGGAUUCACUCUACAAGCCAAUUGAAAGGAAGCCAAAGAAGUUCAACCCAUUGGUAAUUCCCAAGUCCUUGGAAGCAUCUCUCCCGUUUGCAACAAAGUCUAAGGAUACACCUAGUCGGAAACGUCCACUUCUUGAAAAUAGAAGACCGGCUGUUGUCAUGGAGCCUGAUGAGCGAAAAGUUCAUGCUCUUGUUCAACAUCUUCAAUUGAUUAGAUCUGAAAAGAUUAAGAAGCGAAAGCUUAAGGAAGAAAAGAAGAGGAAAGAACAUGAGGCAGAGAAAGCCAAAGAUGAGGAGUUGUCGAGAAAGCGCCGGAGAGAAGAAAGACGGGAGAGAUAUCGAGAGCAGGAUAAAGUACAGAAGAAAAUUCGGAGAAAUGUGUAGGCCUGGUGUUUUUCUGCAGAAUCAAUAUCUAAUCAUAUAUUAUAAAAAUUUGAAUCCCAAAACUCGUGGAUUCAUACAACGAUGACAUGUGUACAUUUCUCAAAGCAUUCUACCAUGACACAUGUCAUUUCUUCUUAAAGAGAAAAUGGCUAUAAUGACUAUUCAUCUACCAUUAUCCCAUCA